AUGCUCAUUUUCGGUUUAACUAAACGCUUGUCUACCAGUGGUAGCCGUAUUUCAAAUACACUGAGAUCAGGUCGUGUCACUCGUUGUAUAACACAAGUUACUCGCGAAAAUAUCUUUUUCAAUCGGAAACGAGAACUUGUUAAGUUUAAAAAUGCAUUUAGUGCUAUCCUGGAGCUUCAUGCCAUACUAGGUCCUCCUAGUACUGGGAAAACCACGUUGAUCCAUGAGCAACUUGAACAAGGAGAAGUUAAGCCAUUUAGUGAGAGAAAAUUACUUCUAAUGAUGUCAGUAAGUUGCUUGAUGAUAUUGGUAAUGCUCUCCCAAAUUGGACCCGUUCCACUCAUUUUGGUCAUUGAUGAAGCAAACAUGUUUAGCCAACUUGAGGUUUCGGAAGACAAUGUAAAGGCUUAUGAUUUUCUAAUCCACAUUUAUUGUCUAGUUUUACAAAUCCCACAUGCAACUCCAUAUGUUGUUGGAGGUUUAAUCAAGGAAGAAGCAGAGGAAUAUUUUGAAAAGCAUGUUCUUCCUCGAUAUGAUAGUGAAUUUUCAAUUUACGAAUCAGAAUAUAAUGAUCGAGGAUUCAUUUUAGAAAAUGAUUUGACUAAAAUGAUCGGGUUUGAUCAAGUAAAUUCACUUGUAGAUUAUAAUUUUUUGCACCGCCGACCAACAGCGCGAUUUGCCAAUGACAUUAUUGACCCGCCAAAUAAAAUAAUUCAGACUAGACUGCGAUGA